UCUCAUCUCAAAAUUAAAUCCCAAAAAACAAAUAUGUUCCUAUUAAUGGCUAGGAUCUAUCCUCAUAUUCUCACUGGUUCUCCCUACAUGACUUCAGAAGGAGAAACAUUUACUAUAUGGAUGAAAUCGCUUUUAUACCAUGCAUAUGGUUGCACUGUCUUUAAUUCCAAGGGUGAGAUUGUUUAUCGCGUUGAUAACUAUGACAACAAGUGUAGCAACGAAGUUCAUCUCAUGGAUCUACGGGGGAAAAUCCUCUUUACUAUACAUCAAAAGAAAUUACUAGCUUUUGGAUGUUGGAAUGGUUAUAGAUGGAGCGGUUCUAGCAUAAACAAGGAGAAGCCGUGGUUUCAAGUCAAAAAGUAUUGCAGAAUGCUCAUGAGAGAUGUAGCUUGUCGAAUUACUGUGGGGUAUGAUAAAUAUUGGAUAGUUAGAUUUGCUAACAAAGCAGCAUUUAGAAUAGUAGACGUCAAUGGAGAUGUUGUUGCCGAGGCAAAGCGAAAGUAUUCAUCUUCUGGAGUAGUGCUGGGAGAGGAUGUGUUGGCUUUGGAGGUGGUGCCUCAUAUGGAUCAUUCACUUAUCAUGGCUUUCGUGGUAGUGUACGGAUUAAUUCGUCGUAGAAUGUGAAUAAUCUCCAUCAUUGACUAGAGGUCGUCUGCAGCAUGCAAGCUUAGGGCCUCUUUGACUUGGCUUUGAUUUUUCUCUUUCCAGAUAUAUACAAAUUUUUGUCUUGUUGAGAAAAAGUAAGGGGCCGUAGAAAAACCCUAUUUGGGUGUGUCUAAAAGAAAAUUAUCUAGUUUUAGCAGGUCUCUCACAGGCACAUGAUCCUCAUAGGCAUGUGAUCAACAUUCUUGUGACAAGCCCACUUCAUAGAGCAGACACGAGAUACUUUCUAGUGUUUGAGGAGCCUAAAUAUGAAUUAUAAUUAGGACUUUCU